AAAUUUUUUACUGCUAAAAAGUAAAAAAUAAAAAUAAAAAAGGCGUUCUCCCCCACCUAAAAAAAAAAAAAAUUAAACCCGAGGCAUAAUCCCUUCUUUCUUUUCUCCAACUUGUUUAUAAACAAUGACUGACCAUUUCAGUAAUUCUUUCUGGAGCCCUUCCAAUGAUCCGAUUCCCAACUAUAGUCAUGGCCUACACGUGCUCCAUGACAGACUUUCUAAAUCCGUUCUCGAGAAUGAAACGAUAGCACACUAUUUACAAGCACGUAUCAACACGGAAAACCAAUGUGCACAACUCCUCGCGGGUAAUACAACACUAGACCCGCUGAUAAUAAUGAAUACUAGCCUAAACAGUGCGUUUGAGAUGGUACGUUCAGAGUCCUCCGAGUCCUCUCACUGUCACCAUAUCCGUGCUGGUCUACUCGCUCAAGAUGUGCUAGAACCCCUUCAAAACUUCACUCGCUCCUUUCAAGCUCAACUAAAUCAAUCCAGAGCCUCCCUCGAUAACGCCAUCUCUGAAUUUCAACAUACCGCCCAAUCUGCUUUACUCACACGCUCCGUUUAUUGGUCCAGGUGCCGUGCCCUGGAACUCGUCUGUCCCGAUUACAGACCUCCCGUACCCGCAGGCUUUGAAGAACAAGAGGAGGAAGAUGAUGAUUUUGUAGGCGCAAGAAAACGUUCCAGUUCCGUUACCUCUGAGCUCAAUGUCGAUACCGGUGGAGUGCGAUUAGGUCAAUGUACCGUCUUGACCUACAGAGAAGUAGCAAGAUCCAUGUCUCGUAUGCAAAAAAUGAUUGAAAGUACCGCCAAUCAUCAACAAUCAAGGAAAUUCCUGGGGAAACAUAUCUUUGAAUGGGUACGUGAUUACAUGACUUCGCCACCUACCAGUAUACAACUCAAUCAGCUAGAUCUCACCUUGGAUUCAGAAACUCUCGAGAUCUGUCAACAUUUAGUCGCUCUUAAAUUUCUAAGAUCCGUCCCCAAGGAAACCGCCGGGUUCGCCUUUGAUCGUGACUACGAGAUACAACAGAAUGUCGUGGAAAGGUAUAAACGAAAGACACGAAUUAGACAUACAGAAGAAGUUCCUCAUGAGCAGGACAAUACAGAACAUACCCUAUUGGAAGUACCUUCUUCUUCAAAUAAUGGUCCUGUAGGUGUUCUGGGAAACAUCUUGGGUCGUAUGAAGAUGGAUUCUACUACAAAGGCUCAUGUCGAAAUGAAGGAAGCAGAUACCGUCUAUCAAAAUAAGAUCAAGGCAGUGGAUCGUAUGCGAAGAUCUCUAGAGGAGACUUUAGUAGCUCAUUUUAAUGAUAUGGAAGCAUUAGAAAAAGAACGUAUCGAAAAAAUCAAGCAUGCGUUUAUAACGAUGGCAAGCGCUUUAUCAAAUACAUUACCCAUGUUCAAGGAAACCUAUAAUCGAAUCACAUUAUUUCAAGAGACGCUAAAAGCAGAACAAGAUAUCCAUUACAUUGUUGAACAGUAUAGUACAGGUCCAUUUUGUCCUAAACCCAUGAUUUAUGAAAACUACUAUCACGGUUCGGCUACCAAUCAAAUCUUUGGUGUACCUUUAGAAGAAGUGGCACAAAUCUACGGCUCAUACGUGCCUCCUAUCGUCCAUAAAGGGAUUCAGCUUAUUGAUGCAGGUCUCAUAACAGACAAAGGUGAUGAAAGUAUCUGGUUAGAUAUCAUGCCAGUCAAGGAGAUCAAUCUCAUUUGUGAAAAAUUGGAUGGACUUGUAGGCAGUCAAUUAAAGACGGCCCUGGAAGGAUAUGAUAUGCAUGUUUUAGCAAACUUGAUCCGUGUCUAUCUAUUGGAAUUACCAGAGUGUUUAUUAACAUUUGAUCUAUAUGAUCCUGUCAAACUCUUGUAUGCACAGCAAGAUACGGCUGGACGUCUUGUGUCUCUCAGUAAACUAUUAGCCACACUCCCAUCUGCAAACUAUCAUACAUUGAAGGCACUUUCUCAUCACUUGUUUAAAAUCUUGAAACAACAGAAAGAUGAAAAGCUGCUAAACGGAUUGAUCUCCACAUUUUCCUACAUUUUACUACGACCGCGCACGUCUUUACCCAUCCAUAGCCAUGACCGACAUCCCAAAAGAUUGGUACGUGACUUACUGACACAAUAUCCCGUGAUUUUCACCAAGGAUGGAAACCGAGCCCAAAAAUCCGGUGCAUCGCGUAGUUCUAUUGUAGCAGAUACUUUGAUUUUACCACCACGGCAACCCAUCUUAUUUGAUGAUCCAGAUACCAGCCAACCAAGUACGCCACGCGCCUCAGAGGAUGGGCAACUCUCGAAAGAACUCAGUCUACUCAUGCUAACCGAGGAUGUCUUUACCGACCCAAUCAAAAAGCCAACGCCUAAUCGAUCCAGAGCUUCCACGCGUGGCACCAUGGAUAACGUGGUAUUGGAUUCGUUUUUUGAUGAUUAAAAGUAUUUCUUUCUGAUGACGUAGUUUAGUUUUUUGAAAAAAAAAAAAAAAAAAAUAGCUGUAUUUUUUAUUU